AUGAAUGAAAUUCAAGUCUUCGCAAGCCUACGUCAUAGAAAUCUUGUGUCUCUAUAUGGAUGCACUUCACCUAACAGCUGCGGACUAUUAUUAGCAUAUGAAUAUAUUUCAAAUGGCACAGUUGCUAGCCAUCUCCAUCGCGAUCUAGCAAAGCCUGGUUCAUUGCCAUGGCCACUACGAAUGAAAAUUGCCAUAGAGACUGCCACGGCAUUGACCUAUCUUCAUGCUUCUGACAUCAUUCACCGUGAUGUCAAAACCAACAACAUUCUCCUUGAUGAUAAUUUCAGCGUUAAAGUUGCAGACUUUGGAAUUUCAAGGUUGUCCUCUAGCAACGUCUCCCAUGUCUCUACAGCUCCCCAAGGAACCAUAGGUUAUAUUGACCCUGAAUAUCUAAAAAGCCACAAGCUCGCUGUCAAAAGUGAUGUUUAUAGUUUUGGAGUCGUCCUCAUUGAGUUGAUAUCAUCCAUGCCAGCAGUAGAUGAGAAAAGGAAAGAGGAUGAGAUUAAGUUGGCAAACCUAGCCAUCAAGAAGGUUCAAAGAAGAGAGUUUACUGAGCUAGUAGAUCCCACCCUCAGUUUUGAGUCAGAUAACGAAUAUAAGAGGAUGAUAAUUUCAGUGGCAGAAUUGGCUUUUCAGUGUUUGCAAAGGGAUAAGGACCUGCGACCUUCCAUGUAUAAAGUUUUGGAUGAGUUACACAAAAUUGCAAGUAGGAAGGAUGAGCCUAAGCCUCUAGAGAAUAAUGGAAUUGGGAUAUUACACACUGGUACAUGUAUUCCUUCACCAACCUCGCUGGACUAA